AUGAGGAUUCAACUCAAAGGAGGCGUCUGGAAAAACAGCGAGGAUGAGGUCCUCAAGGCCGCUGUCAUGAAAUAUGGCCUCAACAACUGGUCACGUGUAUCCUCGCUGCUUGUCAGGAAGUCCGCGAAGCAAUGCAAGGCCAGAUGGUACGAGUGGCUCAAUCCCUUUGUCAAGAAGACGGAGUGGUCACGCGACGAGGAGGAGAAGCUGCUGCAUCUGGCCAAACUGUUCCCGACGCAAUGGCGGACAAUAGGGCCGAUGAUUGGGCGCACGGCGCACCAGUGUCUGGAGCAUUACGAGAGGCUUCUCGACCAGGCGCAGGGCAGGGACAUGGACGACGAACUCGACCCGAGGCGGCUCAUGCCCGGGGAAAUCGAUCCUGCGCCCGAAACCAAACCCUCUCGAGCGGAUGCCGUUGAUAUGGAUGACGACGAGAAGGAAAUGUUGGCAGAGGCACGCGCACGGCUGGCGAACACACGUGGAAAGAAGGCCAAGAGGAAGGCCAGGGAAAAGCAAAUUGAACAGACACGCAGGCUGGCGUCAUUGCAGAAGCGAAGGGAGCUGAAGAAUGCGGGAGUAAACGUGGGAGCACUCAGGCUCCACAGGACCAUCAUGGACUAUGUCAAGGAUGUGCCCUUUGAAACUCAGCCGCCCAAGGGAUUCUACGAACCCGAAACUGGGCAUGAGAUCGACCAAUCGCUACGCAGUAUACAGCAACUGGAGGGGAAGAGGCGCGAUGAGGAACAGAGACGCAUGCGCAACGACGAUACACGGAAGCUCAAGAGGUUACAGCAGGAAAACGUCGACCAGGCGCUCGCGGUUUUCGAAAAGUACGAGAAAACUACCGCCACGAGGGCGCCGCUAGUUAUGCCUGUUCCGACGAUGACGGAUGACGAGAUCGUGCAGAUUGUGAAGAUGGGCGCAGACGUACAAAUGUUCGAGGAGAAUGUGGCCGCGUCGACUGUGGCUCGGACGCCGAUGACCUCAUCCAUCAUGGAGGAGGCGCGCAUCGCAGCGGCAGCAAGUCGGCUACAGACGCCUUUGCUGGGCGAGACCAAUGUCGCCGCCACGUCGGACAGCCUGUCGAAGGACGAAUUUCCGGUGCCCUCAACACCCAAUCCGCUCAAAAGGCUAAUCGCAAAGACACCGAUGAGCAUCUUUUCCGGAAAGUUCGGCAGCGCUGCCAACUCGAAGUACAGCGAAACGCCCUUGAGUGUCUACAGCGGAGGCGUUGAUGAUGAAGAUGACGAUCCCAUAGGAGCAAGGGCGCGAAUGGACAUGGCAAAGCUGCAGGUGAAGGCCAGCAUAUCCAACCUCCCAGAGCCGGAGUCGCAGGUGGAAAUUACACUCACGGGGCCCUCGCAGGCGUAUGUCCCGCAGAAUGAAGAGCACAUACCGGAUGAGGGCGAACGGGAAGUGAUAACUGCCAAAAUAGACGACGAGGAACGAGAACGUAACCUCAGCAGCGUCAUAAAGCGCGCAGUGGAACGCCCACUGGUGUACAGUAGUAUAGCCUUCGUAAACGAUAUGCAUUCGCGUAAGGAGGACCAUGAGUACAAGAUGACGUCCGACAUGAUACACAACGAGUUUGUGCAUCUUGUGCAAUGGGACAGCAUCCAGCACCCGCAACCCGGUGGCAGGCCAUGCCUCGACCCGGUGCCGGAGCUGGAAAUUAUACCUUCGAAGUACAUGGAGGCGGCAGAACACGAACUCAGCGUUGAGGCAGCGCGGUUAAGGAGCAUGCUAAGAGCCCCUGAGGAACCGCUCAACCCAGCAGCGGAGAGGAAGCUCAUCGGAACGUUUGGAUACAGCACGCUACAGAAGCGUUAUGUGCCCGAGGAGAGGUUACAGCUCCCUCAGCGCGUGAAGGCACGCGAACAGCAAUGCACGCAGACGGAGCGUCAGCUUGACGCGCUAGGCAAGCGGAACAAGGCGAUGGAGAACAGGUGUGCCAUCGCAACCGGUGGUUAUGUGCACAGACAGGCGCUGCUGCUCAAGAAUAUCGGUGAGUUAGCGCGGUUCAUCUUUAGCAACUUAGUAGGAGAACUACACCAUCACAUCAUAGAACUCACAAACGACCUGGAAGCUUUCCAGGCCAUGAAAAGUCGCGAAACUGCCUGGGCAGAGGCUAGAAUGGCAUUCCAGCUCACACAGUUGAAGCGGGAGCGGGAAUUGAACGCACGACUACAGCGCCUGUACGGUGACCUGGCCGCUGCCGCCCCGUAA